AGACUAGGCUUGCACCAGGAAACGGGGCAGCCGGGCUUCCGGCACAGAGCCGCCUGAGACUACGGCGGCCGGGCAGGCCCUUCUGCUCCAGCCCUGCGCUCCCGGCGGCGGUUCGCGCGAGCUCUCGCUCCGCCCCGUUUAGUAUCGAGCCGGCCGGCCAGGCCUGCGCAGUCGCGGCGGCCGGGGAAGAUGGUGGAGGACGGCGCGGAGGAGCUGGAGGACCUGGUGCACUUCUCCGUGUCCGAGUUGCCUAGUCGCGGCUACGGCGUCAUGGAGGAGAUCCGGCGGCAAGGGAAGCUGUGCGACGUGACGCUCAAGAUUGGAGACCACAAAUUCAGCGCCCACCGGAUCGUCUUAGCAGCCUCUAUCCCGUACUUCCACGCUAUGUUUACAAAUGACAUGAUGGAGUGCAAGCAGGAUGAGAUUGUAAUGCAAGGAAUGGACCCCAGUGCCCUGGAGGCUCUGAUCAACUUCGCCUACAACGGCCACCUUGCCAUUGACCAGCAGAACGUGCAGUCUUUGCUGAUGGGCGCGAGCUUCCUGCAGCUGCAGAGCAUCAAGGACGCCUGCUGCACGUUCCUCCGAGAACGUCUUCACCCCAAAAAUUGCCUGGGCGUCCGCCAGUUUGCCGAGACCAUGAUGUGCGCCGUGCUGUAUGACGCGGCCAACAGCUUCAUCCACCAGCACUUCGUGGAGGUGUCCAUGUCGGAAGAAUUCCUGGCCCUGCCCUUGGAAGAUGUGCUCGAGCUGGUGUCUCGGGACGAGCUGAACGUGAAGUCAGAGGAGCAGGUCUUUGAAGCUGCGUUGGCCUGGGUCAGAUAUGACCGGGAGCAGAGGGGGCCGUGCCUCCCUGAGCUGCUGUCCAAUGUCCGCCUGCCCCUCUGCCGGCCCCAGUUCCUGUCAGACCGCGUGCAGCAGGAUGACCUGGUGCGUUGUUGCCACAAGUGCAGGGACCUGGUAGACGAAGCCAAGGACUAUCACCUCAUGCCAGAGCGCCGGCCCCACCUGCCGGCUUUCAGAACUCGGCCUCGCUGCUGCACGUCCAUCACGGGCCUUAUCUAUGCCGUGGGGGGCCUCAACUCAGCAGCAAAUUUUUAUGCAGGUGAUUCCCUGAAUGUGGUAGAAGUGUUCGACCCCAUUGCCAAUCGCUGGGAGAAGUGCCAUCCCAUGACAACAGCCCGCAGCCGCGUCGGUGUGGCUGUGGUGAAUGGGCUUCUCUAUGCCAUCGGGGGGUAUGACGGCCAGCUGCGGCUGAGCACCGUGGAGGUCUACAACCCAGAGACGGACACGUGGACCAGAGUGCGGAGCAUGAAUAGCAAGAGGAGUGCCAUGGGGACGGUCGUGCUGGAUGGACAGAUCUACGUCUGUGGGGGCUAUGAUGGCAACUCUUCUCUCAGCUCUGUGGAGACCUACUCACCUGAGACAGACAAGUGGACAGUGGUGACCCCGAUGAGCUCAAGUCGCAGUGCUGCAGGGGUGACGGUGUUUGAGGGCAGGAUCUAUGUGUCGGGCGGCCACGACGGGCUGCAGAUCUUCAGCAGCGUGGAGCACUACAACCAGCACACGGCCACCUGGCACCCGGCCGCCCCCAUGCUCAGCAAGCGCUGCCGGCACGGGGCCGCCUCCCUGGGAAGCAAGAUGUUCGUCUGCGGGGGCUAUGACGGCUCCGGCUUCCUCAGCAUCGCCGAGAUGUACAGCUCCGUGGCUGACCAGUGGUGCCUGAUCGUGCCCAUGCACACGCGCCGGAGCCGGGUGUCGCUGGUGGCCAGCUGUGGGCGCCUCUAUGCCGUGGGGGGCUAUGACGGACAGUCGAACCUCAGCUCGGUGGAGAUGUAUGACCCGGAGACAGACCGCUGGACAUUCAUGGCCCCCAUGGCCUGUCAUGAGGGGGGCGUGGGUGUGGGCUGCAUCCCCCUCCUCACCAUCUAAGGCGGAGGGGGGAUGUGGCGGGGUAGGGAUCUGGUACAUACUUAGGCGCCUCCCUUCCAGGGACAGGCCCUCUUGGGAGAGGGGGUAGACCAGAAGACGGGGUGAAUGUGAGCUCGCUGGAGGUAUGGCUUUUCCAGGUGCUUACAUCCUCCCUCAGCACGCUGCCCUGGGGACCGUCAAGCCUAGGUCACCAAGGUGCACCGCGUGGGGCAGAGCCCUUCUGGGUUCCACAGCUGGCGACAUGGGACUGAUGUGCUGGUCCACACGUACAUGGGCUCCAUCCGAGGCCAGCUCCCACCUGCCGCUUGCAGAAGGCCUGCCGUCUGACACUCCUCCUCACCUGCUCUCCAGCCGUGCUGUGGCCAGUCAGCAGAGGAGUGGCUCUGGUGGCCCAGCCUAUUGGCAGCUAGGCUGCGGCUGGGGGAGGAAGGACGGACUUGGGGUGUCCUCAUUGCCUGUGGCGGAGGCGCCCCAGCACCGGGCUGCUUGCGCACGAGCAUCUCUUCCAUCUGAGGGCACAGAGGACUGGGUCCUCACUGCUAGGUAACCAGGGAGAAUAGAAGCUCUUCCCAUGUCCAGCUUCGGGAUUUCGGUGAGGUCUUUUCAUCUUGUUGAGGAGCAACAGAAGAAGAAAAAAAAAAAAGAUACUUGAAAUCGAAGGAAAUUGAAACAAAGAAACACUUGAAAGAAACUGGAAAGAAAAGUACUUUUUUUUAAGUGAACUUUCUUUGGGAGAAGAAAACGUUGAAAGACACUAAAGGGGAACACGUGUCUCCGUGGAAGACCGCCACCACGAGAAGGGCGGCGUCCGCUCCCACGUUCGGGUCCCAGGGUCCUGAGGCCUUGCACGGCAAUCGGGGUCACCUCUGAGCCCUUGCGUGUCCGGGCCCUCGCGUGUCCGGGAUCAGUGUAUUCUCCACUGGUCCUCUAGCAAGGUGCUCAUGGGGUUUGCAUUCACACCCACCAUCAGAGGACUUUUUUUAACUGUAGGCUUAGUAAGUGGGCUGCAUUACGGCCGGCCGCUCUUCUAGGUGGGAGUUCCCAGCUGGUCGCUGGAGGCUCUGGGUGCCCCUGUGGUCACCUCCCACAGCCACCAUGGCACUCACUCAGAUUCCCCACCCCAACUUUGAUUCCUCAUCUGACCAGCAAAGAAAGAGCAGGUCCGGCCGGAUUCUCGCCUAUCUAUCUAUCAUUCUUGGAUCGUUUUCCUCAUCGUGAUGCUUCUAGGGUACAUUGACCGUUGGUACCUCUAGAACCUAACCAGGGACUUGGUCCUUCCACCAGCCAUGGCCAGCUUGGACCAGUAACCUCGUCUACCCCUCCAGUCCACUGCUUUUCCAUCCCCUCGCCAAUUCCAGGGGCCUGGCUUCCCUCCAGCCCUCGGCAGAACGACCAGCAAGGUGGGCCUUUACAUUCGAGCAAAGCCGACUUUAUGGCAGAGAACUAAAGGCCGAAAGAAUCUCUUGCUGCUGCAAAGAACAAGAUUUUAUAUUUCUUCCUCUGAUCUUAGCAAAUGACCUCUUGAAGAGACUCCAUGCUCCUUCCUCCUCCUCCCUGGACGGGACCUCGGUGUCGCACAGCGGAACCCGAACAGGAGGACCCUUGUGUUACCAGUGCACUGGGCAGUGGGGCUGUCCUUCAACUGCUGCUGCCAAAAUCUGGUUUUCUAAAAUGCUUCCAGUACAGACUGAAAGAGUAUGAUAUAGUUCCUUUCAUGCAAGACUGGCUCUUAGGGCCCCAUUCUCCACCUGGCUGGUCUCCCGUCUCUUGAUGCCUGCCUGGGGUGACCUGGAAGCAUGUUCAGAAAGGCACAGUGUGGAGUCUGAGACGUCUUUCCCGCCCCAACACCACAAGGUUUACGAGUGUGUGCAAUCGCCGUGUAUCCAGAGGGAAGUACCUUUGUUACCUGCCACUCAGGAGCUGGGCCUCUGCUACAAGCACUUGAAAAUGAUGUUUUUAUUUUAAAAGACUCAGCAGUCUGAUAUAGUUGAGCCUGGGCUUGUGGUGGAACCCCAGCAUUUCUCAGUCCCUUUCGGUCUAUCUACAGAGGUAGACUCGGAAGGCAGUGGGAUCUGUGUUUCCUGUUAGAGAGAUGUGUGUCCGUGCCCAUCUUGUUAUAAGCCCUUCUGUGAACUAGAAGCAGUCCCUGCCAGCCCAGAUCACGGAGGGGUUAAGGAUCAGUGAGUGGGCUCACGAGCAGGCCUCCCAGCUCCUCAGGACGGUGGCACAGAUUUUGCCAUUGAGGCUGAUAGGUCAUUUCCCGCACGAUCUGCUGCUCUCGUAGUAACCUCCCAAACUCCACUCCCAUCUCCUGGUGCGGAAGGUACACUGCUGCACCUGAGGCCCGUGUUUUGAUCUGGCUGAGCUCUGAGCAAAAGCGAGCCAACACCAACAUUUGCACACUCUUCCAACGGUCGGCUCCGUGGUCUGAGGAGGAUGUUUGCAAAUGGCUGGGCUGGCUCUUUGGUGUUGGAGCCUUUCCAUGAGCCCCAGUGAAGAGUCCCCACCCAAGGAUACUGUGAAAAGGGUGUAACCAGCGGGUGGGGGAGAUGUUGUGCUCAGUGGACCAUCUCUGAGCACAGGACUGUGGCACUCACUGUCCUUGGGCCUUUCCCCUUCCCAGAUAACACACAGAGCCUUGUCUUCCAGGUUUCACCUGAGAUCAAAGCCAGGAUGGGAGAUGAAGACCAGCCUUUUGACUGGACCACAGAGAUGGGAGUAGGUAGCACUUCUGCUCCUCCCACCCCCCACCAAGUCAUUGUCCCCCAGCAAAUCUUACUUCCUUUUAUUUAUAGAACGCAUGUCUUUUGUGUUAAGAAACCAAAGAGAAAUAAAGAAUACACUCCUAAUA